AUGAGACCAACCUUGUUAAUGUUCCGCUCUCCCAAGGAGCACACUCCUGACUUCUACUAAUCCAGGGUCACCAAUAAUGGGAGAACCCUUCUAGAUUACGGGUUACAGUUUUAUGACAAAAAGCGUGGAAAGAUCAAUAAUAUGGAACUGAAUAAUUCAUCAUCUAAAGUCUUACAUAACUAGAGCUACACUUCCUAGUUUAGUGCUGGUCCAAACGCCUUUAACUCAACUUCUGAUCGAUUUAGAGACUAUCAAGUAACUGCUUAAAGAUCAGUGGUUGGUCCAGGUUAGUACAAUGACCAGGAGUCUUUUAACAAGAUAAGGUAAAAAAGUUGCAAGACUAAAAUAGCUAUGCUCUCCUAUGGUAAGGAAGCUGGUUAACCCUACUAUGUGCAAGUAGGCAACUCUAUAAUGAUUGAUCCAACUUUUUACGACCAAAAAACUAAGAAGUACUUUAGGUAAAAAUCUAUGAAGGAGAGUUACACAGUUUACCAAAAGGAUUUCAUAGUUUAGAAGCUGGUAGACUUGUAAAAUUAAAAGUUGUCCCAGAUGAACGAUAGUAGACUAAACACCUCUAGAUUCAUGAAUAAAAAUUCCAAAGACCGCCCAAGUACUGAAAUGUCCUUCAAAAAGCGCACUCACAGCAUCAAGAACACGCCUGAUUCCAGAGGUUUCACGAAAAGCUUAUCCAAGAGCAGUCUAGUGAACGAAUCCUAGAAAAAAUUGACUCUCGACUCGAGCAGAUCGAAUAAUAAAUUUUCCAAGAUUAGAAGACCUUCGACAUAGUUGUAGGAAAGAAAAGCUCUAGGUAAGCAAAACUCAAAUAGAAGCAAUAUACUUAUUAAUGAUGGCUAAAAUGAAUCAUACUCACCAGAUGUCCUCAAAAAGAAAAAAAAGGAGAUUCUGUAGAUCAUUAACUAGAAUGAAAACAGUCUUAAUAACAAUAAUAAUAAUUAACUUGAAUUGACUGACAAUUCUGCUAAUGAGCAUCAACAGGAGAAGUCUCGAAUGAUAAGGACUCUAGUUGAUAAUUAAUAAUAUAACAGCCAAGCAUUACCUCCAUCUAUACUUAUGAUUAGCGGCUAGAAUACCUCGAAUAAUAGAUAGAACGAUUAUAUUACUAAUCAAUCGAGUCUUAAGAAGCAUUCUCAUCACACAGUGGGAGAUCUGACAGGAUCUGCAAGCACUAACACCACUUAGAAUAAUUUCUAUAGUAAUAGCAAAGACAAAAGAAAAUCAUUGUUAAAUCAGUCUUAAUUGCAUGAUAACUCUUUUUAUUAGUAAAUGCUUUAGAGGUAGCAGGAUAUCUAUUCCUCUCAGAAUAAGGGUUAUCACAAAAAAUCUAACUCUUUGAAUAACAACGGUAAUAAUCUAAUAAAAAAGUAGUUGACCAAGAGUCAUCAGGAGGAUUAGAAUAAUAACAUUAGUGGUAACAUAUAAUAAGAAUAGAUUAAUGUAACUCAGAGAGCUAGAGAGUUUGAUAAAAGCUUCUAGAUGCUAAAGAUGUUCGCUAAUCCAUAUUAAUAAUAAUAAAAAGUAGUGCUAAAUAAUAGAGCAUCAAAGACUGUCAGAAAAGUAAAUUCAGAAGCUGUUAAUUGGGGUACAUAUCAACCUAAACCUACUAAUACUGAAGUAUAGAUCCAAUAAUGA